CUCCUGUGUCCUGCCUGGGAGGUCCCUUCCAAAAUCUGUGGCACCCAGGCUUCUUGCCUGUCAGCUGAUGAUGCACAGAAGGUGUUGCAAAAUCUAACUCUGCUCUUUCUUUCUUUCUUUUGCAGUAGUCUUUUGCCUUUGAGUAACUGCCCCCAACUACAGUGCUGCCGGCACAUUGUCCCGGGGCCUCUGUGGUGCUCCGAUGCCCCUCACCCACUGUCGAAGAUCCCCGGUGGGCGAGGGGUUGGCAGGGAUCCUUCUGUCUCGGCUUUGAUAUAUAAGGAUGAGAAGCUCACUGUUAACCAAGAUCUUCCAGUGCAUGAUGGGAAGCCACACAUUGUCCACUUCCAGUACAAAGUUACGGAAGUAAAGAUCUCCUGCUGGGAUGCAGUGCUAUCCAAUCAGAGUCUUUUUGUGGAGAUCCCUGAUGGUUUAUUAGCUGAUGGGAGUAAAGAAGGAUUAUUAGCACUGUUGGAAUUUGCUGAAGAAAAAAUGAAAGCAAGUUAUGUCUUUAUUUGCUUCCGAAAAAGCAGAGAAGACAGAGCUCCGUUACUGAAGACAUUCAGUUUUCUGGGUUUUGAGAUUGUGAGACCUGGCCAUCCUUGUGUCCCAUCACGACCAGAUGUGUUGUUUAUGGUGUACCCCCUGGAUCAGGUCUCUGAUGAUGAUGAUGAUGAUUAGAUCCCGUGCAGCACUUCAGUGGGACCUGGACAUGCUUCAAAGACAAGAGGGGGCAAAACAUCCUCUUCUGAGGAAAGGAAAAACAAAAUUCCUCUGGACUGAAACUGCAUUUCUUAUUGUUAGAGUGACCUGUAUAUCUUCUGAGUUGACUUUUCCAUUGAAAUGUGUUACUUAGCAAAUAAUAUAAAGUCUGCACAUGUAAUCGCACAAUAGUAAAUGAAAGGUGAAUGGAGCCCUUUCAGCUCUGUGGUCUGCUGGUUAGCCUAGUGGAAACACCCUGUCUGACACACAGUGGGCGAGAAGCUCGCUGGUGGAGAGAGGGACAGGCUCGUCAGUUGUUCUGUUAGUGUUGGGCUCUGUGUUCUUUUGGCUUUCCUUUUGAGUAACUAUAUUUAUGUGUUCACUCAGGCUCUUAAGCAGAGGGCACACUUUUGAGUGUAGAAGGUGGAGGAACAUGAACACUUUUUAGCAUACUAGGUGGUGCCACUGGCGUAACCAACACUACAGGUUUCAGGAAAACAUUGUCCUAUUCAUAUUCUUAGGCCACAGCUUUCCAUAAGUAGAGUCAACGUAUGAAACUGGCCUUGCUUUUGAGAAAACGAGCUGCGUAAGAUACCUCAGAGGCACUGUGGCAGUGUUGUGUUCUGCUGUAGUAUGUGGCUACAAGCAGCGAGUUGAAAUGUCUGGGUAAGCGCAUGCCGUAACAGGGAAAAGAGGCACGUUUUAGCAUCUAGUCUACCAUGCCUGAGGGAGAAACCUUAUACUUAAUAGCUCCAAUAGAUUCCCAUACAGCCAAUAGAGUUCAGAAUGCUUAUAGGAAACCUGACCUGAUACUUAGCUAUUCUUAGUCUUCAAUCAUAUGCUCUUACUUGGACUUAAGCCCCAUGUUUGCAAGAGCAGACCGCUGAGAAAAAAUACUUCCCCAAAGCAACUCAUGAUUAGAAACAUCAUGCCUCAUCCUUCUUUGAAUAAUAGCUUUCUGUGGAUAUCAGAUUACAAUUAUGAUGCUUACCUUUCUUCAAACAGCUAGUGUCUUGAAACUUCAUUUGCAGUAUAAACUCCCACCACUCUUAUUUGUCUCUUCACUGAUUUCAUUCUUGUAGUGUUAUUCAGAACCACUGACAUCUUUAAAGAGGCCUUACUUACACUGA